CACAAAGACGUUUAGUCACCCUCCAACGUCUACUGCUAUAACUGCUAUACGUGCCCCCUUGUCAUUUAUAGUCGAAAACAUCCAUCCUUGAUCUCCUGAUAUCGUGACGUUUCAAUGCGGUGUUUUGAAAACAUUUCUCCACGUGGCUUUUUGACAGCACAAGGAUGCGUUGCGGCUGCUCUCCUUUCUCUCUCGUAUUUUUCGUGCCAUCAACUAUGGAGCUACAACUUUCUGCUGCGCAACGAGUCCCGUCAGACGCACUUGGUCUUAUAUUCGAUUUCAUCGAGUAUGGCAGACGGUUGAAGGAUGGGUGGGAAAAGCUGGGUCAGAAAAGGGUGGUCGGCGGUACCGCGUCGCUUCUUUCGAUUGCACAAGUUUGCCACGCAUGGAGAGUUGUCGCUUUGCCAUAUUUCUACCAGAACACCGAGACCCUUCUUAACCCCAUCUUCCAUGCAGCCGAUUCAGAACCAAAACUCAUCUAUCCAAAUCUCUCUAUGGCAGCUGCUGCCGGACAAAGCCUAUCAGUUCGUUCCGCACACCUCCGCCUGUCGCUUGAUCACAUUGCCAACGGUGCCUCCAUCCGCCUGUUGAAUGCCGGUGUCCCUCCCACAGUGACAUUCCCAAAUGCGUCUGAGCUCAAACUUUCUUUUUACAGCAGCAACGACUUUGACCGUGCUGACUACUCUGUACAAGCCGCGGCUUUUACUGAGCGCAUCUGCCAGCUGUUUCCCAAGGCACAUGAUGUCUCGUUCAUUGUCUGCUCAUGGCUGUGGAAUGGCUCAGAGGAUGUAUGGAGAAGCCUCAUGCAUAGCAUUGUCCCUACACCGAGAACACUCAUCUGCUGCAAACUUUUAAAUGAGUCCACUACCCUUCGAGAUGGCAUCAGCAACGGGGUUCGGCGCUUAUAUCUCGGCACAAACGGAGGUACAGGCUACUACCCAAUUGUUCAUUCGAAUAGGGGCACUGUCGAGGAGCUUGUAAUUCGGGUUGCUGUGGACCAUUCGCACACUGCUCAUAGGUGGAACAUGCCUGUCAACCAGGAUCCACUAUUCAGCUACAAAUACCCAAAACUUGCCAGACUGUCCAUAGAGACACGCGGUGACGCCAGAAAACUCUUUACGAGAUCAGCCACCAACCGGUUCCCAUCUCUAACUAGUCUCUCCCUUCUCACAUUCUGUGAGGUUGACAUCGGAUCUUUAGUCGGGGAUCGAGGUGAAACACUGACAUCACUUACGAUGUAUCUCACUGAGUCUCUGGUUCAAUCGCUUCGGGAUCGCCUGUUCCCUAGCCUUGCGUAUGUUCGGAUUUUAGGGAGCAUAUUGCAUGUAUUUAUUGUCAACGACAACGAAGCUCUAGCAAGAGCUGCAAUGGAAGUGGUACAACUGCCAUUUUUGAUAGCGCCUAAUGCCGAAAUGAUCGAGAACUAUGUCGUUUCUGGCCUGCCCAAUCUUUCACACUCAUCUGUGUUCCCGGAUAAUCACCCACACCCACGGCUUCAAUAUCUGGUUCUUUGCCGGCUUUCUCUCUCCCUCAGCCAGUUCCACCAAAUUUUGGUCUGCCUACCAGGGCUCACAAGAGUCAGACUCCGCAGUGUCGUAUCUGACAACGGCGCCAGCUAUGAGUAUUCUGACGACGAGAUCCGUACUCUGUUAACUGGCCUCCCAGUCUUUAGCACUCGCUUGAGACGGCUUGACUUUGAAGAGGUAGUGCGCUGCAGUGCAGGGAUGGUCAUCGCCAUUACAAAGCUGCCUUCUCUCCGGAUGGUCACAGUUUUGGGUAUUCCCGCCGAGGUGGGCUAUCUUAUGGACGAAAUCGACAAGCCGGUAUACCACGAGUAUCGCAACAGCCUGAACAGACUGCUGUUCCAUGGGGUGGGCGAUUCGUGGAGUCAGCCGCAUCCCGAUUGGUGAUUUAUUUACCUCCACUCUGCUGCAACAAUAAAACUAGGUGUGUUGCGUGCCCACCGCGGCAGUCCCUGACGUCGACAUGUUGGUUGAAUCAGGUGAGAGCAUGUCGAGCGCCAACGAGAGCCCCGCUACAGCCUGCACAAUGGAGAUAACAUCAAGCCUCUGAUAAGCUGCACAAACGACCGCAUUGGACAUAGCCCACGCAGCUCGUAUUUUCUCUUUUCUCUCGUUUCUUCAGUAUUAAAUAUCACCUUCA